AACAUUACUCCGCAAUUUGUCAGCAAUAAUUUACAGGUUUCAGCGCGUGGUCGUCGAUUACACAUUCUGUCUGCACAGGCUGCGGACACCGAUCGUUUCACUUGCUUUGCGAGAAAUUCGGCUGGGGAAGCGCGUAAAAGUUACGAUCUGAAAGUUUUAGUUCGUCCAACAAUCAACGAGAGCACUUCAUCGCUACCCUUACAAACAAUUAUACCGGGAACUGCGUUUGCCGUUGAAUGUAAAGUGGAGGCAAUCCCAGAUGCUGAGGUCUGUUUGUUAAUCCUGCUGAAUAUUUGA